AACUUACUGUUCAGCUUUACUUGUGUACAUAAAAACAAAGAUGUCUUGAGUAAGUUUUCUGGAGCACAAAGAUACACAGAUAAAACUGCUCCGAAAUCUUGAGCGUAAACGAGUGUACUAUAGUAUAUAACGGACUUCGACUAUACUACACAUAUAAAGCUAUACCUAUAGAUGUUUACCAUACUAUGAUCGUGCUGCUUGGUCGUAGGCCGUAGCGUAGCUAUGUAUAUAACAGUACUGUGUUAAUGUUAUGUGUGUGUGUGUGUGUGUGUGGACUGCAGAUGUCCUUGAAAUUCCAAAACAAAAGUAACUCUGGUAUAAAGACUCGGUGGAAUUUCUUCUGCUGUGGGACUGCUGCUGUGCUGACUGCUGCGGAAGGAGUAUGUCGGCUUUUCGGAUGCGCAGAAAGUAAGUUUGCAUUGUUUUAUUACUAAAUAUUUAUAGCGGUAGUACACGAGACGAGGAAAAUUAAAGGGUAUACGCGUGGUGCAUUCGUCCUGCAGGUUACUGAACGCAAAAUGCCAAUAAGCCUACAUAACCUCCAAUACUUUUAAUGGUGCUAUAAUUAUUUGAUUUUGAUGCCUUUAUUGGGGAUUUUACAAUAAAAAAUUUAGUAACUGCAGUAUCAAUGCUGUUUUGACAAGAUACUAUAAGUACUAGAAAGCCACCAGAAUACUGAUGAACAUUGUGGACUAUCACAUAUGGUCAUCAAUCAUACGUUCAUCGUGGAAUGAUUUUAUAUUUAGAUUUACAAUUGUUACAGGGUAUUAAAAAGGAAUCGCCCACAAGUGCAGCAGCUAGAAAUGCUGCUGUCAUAUAUGGAAUUUCAUCAAUUAUUUGCCAGGGGGCAAAUCAUGAAAUUAGGAUGUCAAGGACAUGUCAAGUAUAAAAACAUGUGGAUGAACCUGACAAAUCAAUUAAACAGUUUUGGAACAGCACAAAAAAGUGUUGAAGAAUGGCAGAACACAUGGAAACAGCUGAGACUAGCUGCCAAAACGAAGAAGGCUCAAUAUUUGUCUUCUUUCAACAAGACUGGAAAUACUGAACCAUGUAUAGAUCUAACAGAUUUUGAAUUGCGUAUUACUGCAAUUUAUGGAUCAGAUAGUUCAGGGCUAAGUGUGAUCCCAGAAUUGGGGCUUCCGUCAAAAUCAAGAAGACAUUAUCAAGAUAACAAUGACAAUUCUUUUUCGAUGUAAAUGUUUAAAUUAUAUGUCUAUACAGUUGUAUUUUUAGAGCACAUAAACAGUAUAUCUGACACUUAUAGAGCCAUACGAAUAUUGUUUCUGAGAUUUUCAUUCUCAUGUUAAAUAAAAAUACGUACAAUAAUUUGAAAUAUUUACAGAUCCUACACUCAGAGAAGUAGAUGAACGCAAUGCAGUACAUGCUGCAACAAACAGUCGUAAUCAACAUAAAGUAGUUGAAGUGGUUACAAAUCAAAUUGAUUUACACUCUGCUGAUGCCAGAGACCAAUAUGAUGCUCAUCUUUUGGAUGCAGAUUCACAGAAAUGGCAUGAUAUACAGUAAUAAAUUAGUGAUUUUUGCCGUAACGUCAAAAUUUUUCUAAAUAAUCAAUAAAAUUUGUAAUAAUUUUUCAAAAUAGUAAAUCUUUUUACGCGCGCUUCGCACGUGCAACUGACAGUUGUUGCUCCGGCAUUCUUUCUCUUUUCUUCUCGACUCUUGCGAGAGACGGAUCGUCCGGGCAUUUUUUUAAUUAAGAAGCCGUUAAUCAGCGUUUGUGCAUAAAAAUAUCUAGCAAAAGGUAGGUGCAUCAAGUUUUGUAGAAAAUCUUUUUAAGGAAAGUUGUCACCUUUUAGUAGGUUUAUUUUUAUUUUUAUUUAAAAAGUAUUCUUUUGUAACCCGUGGUUUAUAAACCUUUUUUGUUUUCAACGCACGUGCUAUAAAAUCUUUUUCGCUUCAUUACAAAGAAAUACAAUUAUUACUCUCCCUUUCUCUUUUUACGGUUUUAUACUAGUCCAUGAUUUGUGAUUUUUUUUAAGUUGCAAAAAGUUAGGUUUUUCUUUUCCAAUACUCUUGUAAUUAAAGUAGUAUAAUCCGCAUAUAGUCAAUUAAUUUAUAAAAUAGGUUAAGUUCAAUAGCCUACCAUAGUACUGAUAUACAGUAUUCAUGGUUUAUUCUUUUCAGGGAGCCUCGCAAAAGAUAUUCAAGAACCAGCAAUACUCAAAUGAAAAUUAUGUUGGAGUUCAUGGCACGUUACGAGCUGGAUGCUACUGAGGAAGGAGAUCUGUGGGAAUACUUGGUGAUCAAGCUGAACAAUGCCGGAGAUCAACGUGACCUUAAGGCAUGGAUGAAGACGUGGCAUGAUCUCAUAAAGACAGCCAAGCAGUGUUCUGAUAUGAUCAGCAAUGGAGAGCGUAACCAUCCAUUAUCAAACAUUCAUGUGAGGGUCAUAAGAUUAGUUGAUGUAAAGACUACAGCUCAUCAACAGCUCCCACAUAACCCCAAUCUGGUUCAGCAGCAGCAGUUUGAUGAUCAGUUUCAAGAGCAACAGGUAGAUAGUCCAAUUCGACAACAGCUUCCUAAAGGCUUGGCACAGCAGCAGCAGCAGCAUCAGCUGCCGACUACAUCAAAAAACUUUCUGAGCCAGCUGGAGUCGAAAGUUAUUAAAAGAAAGACUGGACCUAAUGAUGUUAACCUACAUGAACCUGUAGAAAAGAGGAAGAUGUACAAGAAAAGUAAAUAUAGCCAGGUUGGCUUUGCGAAACCUUCUGGGUUUAUCUCCAUCAAAGAAGUCAGCAUCAUCUUCGAAUGGUCCAAAAGCUAGUUCUACUGGCAACAGACCAGAAGUUGUAGAUUUGACAAAUGAGAAAUCAGCAACUGUCAAAAAGGCUGUUAUUACAGAAAUGAAACAGCACAAUGAAAAUAUUCAGCAGUUAGGUGCUGAAUUAACAAAAGCAAUCAACAAUGGCUUCAAAAGUUUAGUAACAAUUUUAGCAAGAGUGCUAUCAGCCAUGUAUAACCAACAUGUUGCUCAAAA